AUGAAGACGACUUGGAAGGACAUCCAGCCGGUGCCCACGUCGCAAGAGUUCCUCGACAUUGUUCUGAGUCGCACCCAGAGACGACUGCCCACGCAGAUUCGAGCUGGCUUCAAGAUCUCCCGUAUCAGAGGUUUCUACACCCGAAAAGUCAAGUUCACCCAGGAGACCUUCUCCGAAAAAUUCGGCCAGAUCCUCGACGACUUCCCGAGACUUCAGGACAUCCAUCCGUUCCACAAGGAUCUGCUCAACACCCUCUACGAUGCGGACCAUUUCAAAAUUGCCCUCGGCCAGCUGUCGACCGCAAAGCACCUGGUCGAAGCCAUCGGCCGCGACUACGUCCGACUGCUCAAGUAUGCCCAGUCGCUCUUCCAGUGCAAACAGCUUAAGAAGGCCGCUCUUGGUCGUAUGGCCACCCUCACCCGCCGCUUAAAGGAUCCUCUCCUAUACCUGGAUCAGGUGCGCCAGCAUCUCGGUCGUCUUCCCUCGAUCGACCCCAACACGCGAACGCUGUUGAUCUGUGGCUUCCCCAAUGUCGGCAAGUCCUCCUUCUUGCGCAGCAUCACGCGUGCCGACGUCGAGGUCCAGCCAUACGCCUUCACCACCAAGUCGCUCUACGUUGGUCACUUCGACUACAAGUAUCUGCGCUUCCAGGCUAUCGACACUCCGGGUCUGCUGGAUGGUCCCCUGGAAUCCAAGGGCCCCAUCGAGAUGCAGUCCAUCACGGCAAUUGCUCACCUCAGAUCCGCUGUUCUGUAUUUCAUGGAUCUCAGCGAGCAGUGUGGAUCGUCAGUGAAGGACCAGAUCGGCCUGUUCAAGAACUUGAGACCGCUUUUCUCCAACAAGCUCGUCUUUAUCGUCAUCAACAAGAUCGAUAUUUUGAGACCCGAAGAUCUGGAUGCCGAGACGCAAGCCGAACUUCAGUCGUUGCUUUCAGCUGGUGACGUCGAGCUUCUGAAGCUGUCAUGUGUAUCACAGGAAGGAGUGCAGGAGGUGAAGAACGCCGCCUGCGAGCGUCUGAUUGCCGAGCGAGUUGCCCAGAAGUUGAAGGCCGGUACCAACAGCAGUGGAGCCGUUGGCGGCAGGUUGGCGGAUGUCAUGUCACGUAUUCACGUCGCAACACCAGCACAUGGCGCUAUUCGCGAAACUUUCAUUCCGGAAGCCAUCCUCAACAAGAAGCCAUACGACAAGAACGAUCCUGAGCGCCGCAAAUUGGCACGGGAUAUUGAAGAGGAGCAAGGCGGCGCCGGAGUCUUCAACGUGGACUUGCGAGCUGACUACAUCCUUGAAAAUGAUGAGUGGAAGUACGACAGGAUACCUGAGGUUUACGACGGGAAGAACGUCUACGACUUCAUCGACCCCGAUAUCGAGGCCAAGCUGCAAGCACUCGAGGAAGAAGAGGAGCGCCUUGAGGCAGAGGGCUACUAUGACUCAGACGAGGAGCUUGAGGAUGCCGAAGAAGAUGAUAUUCUCCAGAAGGCCGAGCUGAUCAAGGAGAAGCAAGCCCUCAUCCGAAACGAAGGCAAGAUGCGUAAAUCGCUCAAGAAUCGAGCCGUCAUACCCCGCAAAGCGCUCAAGAAGCCGUUUUCCGACCUCGAGGAGCACCUCGAUGUGUUGGGUGUCGACACGGAGGAGAUUGGUCUUCGGGAACGAGCUCGUUCUCAAAGUCGUGGCCGAUCUCUUGCGAGAUCACGCCAAGGGACGGAAGAUCCAAAUGCGAUGGACGUCGAUGCUACACCCAGGGAUAGAAUGCGGUCCAAGAGCAGAGCGCGAAGCCAGCCGGCUACCAACAGACUCGAAGACGGUGUGGCCGACGAGGCGGUAAGGUCAAAGGUCGAGAGGGCGUCCAAGGUGGCACAGCGCAAGAUGAACCGCAUGGCAAGGCAGGGAGAGGCAGAUCGACAUAUUGGUACUGCGAUGCCGAAACAUUUGUUCUCUGGAAAACGCACAGUGGGCAAGACGAGCCGUCGGUAA